CUCCAUUGCCACCAUCAAGAAGUAACAAUGGCUGAAGCUUUCACAAGUUUCACCUUCACAAAUCUUCAUAUUCCUUCUUCCUACAAUCACUCGCCGAAGCAGAAUUCAGGACCGAAUCAUGGAUAUUGGCUAUCUAAUGUUAAUGAGAAGAGGGAAAGGAAUUUGAUGAGAGGAAGCUUAUGUGUAAGAAAGGCAUUGCCACAUGAUUUGCCAUUAAUGGCUGUGAUGGUUCAACAAAUAGAAGGAAUGCGUGAUAUCAUUACAGAGAAACACGUGUGGCAUCUAAGUGAUAAAGCUAUCAAGAAUGUUUAUAUGUUCUACAUCAUGUUCACUUGUUGGGGAUGUUUGUACUUCGGUUCAGCAAAAGAUCCAUUCUACGACUCAGAGGAGUACCGUGGAGAUGGAGGGGAUGGAACUGGAUAUUGGGUCUAUGAAACUGUAUGUAUCUCUCCCUUUCUAAUACUAUUAGGAAAGAAAGAAAAAAACUUAGAAAUGCAUACAAAUUAUAACUAGGGAUGUUGCAAUGGACCGACCAACCCGCUGUGGUCUUACUAGACCCUGUGGACCAGUUCAGAUCUAGUUUGACCUCAGACUAUCCCACCUUGGUCUUAGUAGGCCAUGUAGACCUGUUCAGAGCCGGUUUUGAGUACUCCUCCAUGUGUCUCAGCAUGCGAUAAACCUCCCUAAACAAAGAAAAAUAGGUGGCUUUUAGGUUAGCGUUUACCGUUGGUAUAUAUGCACCCAAAAAUAUGAAUCCACAACCUUGAUCAUCUAAACGAAAGUCACAAUCUGAUAGAUGGUAGGUAACAUUGAUCCAUCCUAUUGAUAGAUCAAUCAUGCUUAGUAAGUUUGAGCCGGGUUGGGCUUGAUAUAAUAAUUCAAACGUUAACAGAUCUGAUGGUAGGUAACAUUGAUCCUAAGUUGGGUCGGGCUGGGCUUGCUCGGGCCAUUGACCUUUGCAAGAAGACAUAGAAGAGAAAGCAAGAGCGGAGCUAUGGCGUGAAGAACUUAUCGAAGAAAUUGAACAGAAGGUUGGUGGCUUAAGAGAGCUUGAAGAAGCUGUUACUAAGUAGAAAACUAACUUGUGAAUCAUAAACCACUUUACAUACACAUUAUAUAUUUUCUUAUAUCAGUCAUGCAACAUUAUAUAUACUCUCUAGCUUCCAUAUAUAUAAUAUAUGUUAUGUACU